CGUAUAUAAACCUACCGAUGCUUCCCACGCGCACACAUGUGAGGUUUUUCUAUAUACUUAAGACUUCUGGACUUUUACACCUCUCUGGAUGUGCACGUAUCGUGUCCUACUGAGGCUCUUGUACUAAGUAUAUACCACGUAGGGGGUUGGCACAAAUCGUUUCAUAAAGUCUUCAGUAAGGUAUCAUUUUCAUCUUUGCAAUACCUAGAAGAAUACAAUGACAGUAUUUUGCACUAUAUAUUUUGAUUACUUUUUUUCCUUAAGAGCAAAAAAGAAAGCCGUUUUGUACCUUUAUGUUUCUAAGAUGUUUUGUGAAAGAAAACGGGUUUGUUGAACUGUAAAAUGGAGCUGAGGGUGAUCGAUGAGAGGACCUGGAAGUUUUGCAGAAAUGGAAAACUUAGUUGAGAAGCAGAACAGUUUAAACCAGUCCUGAUUAAGAUAAACAUCUCUGAUUUGGCUGCAGAAGAGAAGACCUGGAGAAUAAAAUCCUGCAAUGUGUUGACCUCUGACGUGCCAGGAAAUCCUAUUACACAUCCCUCGUGCCUGAUGUGGACUGGGGCAGGACCACUGAGGAUAUAGAAGCACAGCUCUGUCACAGCUGCCCCGAGGCAAGGCUAGUUCUGCUGGGAGAACUUAAAAUAAAGUGAAGGUGUGAAAUAAACCUCUCUCUGGAAGGAUGCUGGUGUGAAAAGUGCUGUUUGUACAUAGACUGGUUCAGACAGCCACGUGCUACCUCUCUCCUCUGAAGGACUAGGACGUAAACUAUCUCCAGUUCAGUUACCGUUUUGAUGCAGCUUCCAUGUGGACACCUCCAGAGCCUGCUCUGUGACUCUGAGACUCCAGCUGAAUGCUUUUCUACUCCCUCUUGCCUUAUCUCAAGACCUCAAGAUAUGUCUUUCAAAGUCAUUUGUCGUUUGAGCCCUGCUAUGUGAUAGAUGCAGGGGCUUUAAUCCAGGAUGAACGAAUGCUACUAUGAUAAGCGCAUGGACUUUUUCUAUAACAAGACAAACACUGACACAGUGGAUGAGUGGACAGGGCCAAAGCUUAUUGUUGUUCUGUGUUUUGGGACCUUUUUUUGCCUCUUCAUUUUCAUUUCAAAUUCAUUGGUCAUCGCAGCUGUGGUCAAGAACAAAAGGUUUCAUUUUCCCUUUUACUAUCUCCUGGCCAACUUAGCUGCUGCAGACUUUUUUGCUGGAAUUGCCUAUGUCUUCUUGAUGUUCAACACCGGCCCAGUGUCUAAGACAUUAACUGUUAACCGCUGGUUUUUGCGUCAGGGCCUUCUGGACACCAGUCUGACAGCUUCUCUGGUGAAUCUCCUCGUCAUAGCUGUUGAGAGGCACAUGUCAAUAAUGCGGAUGAAGAUCCACAGUAAUCUCACAAAGAAGAGGGUCACCUUUUUAAUUAUAUCAAUUUGGGCCAUUGCUAUUUUCAUGGGCGCUGUUCCUACCCUGGGUUGGAACUGCCUCUGUGACAUUACUGCCUGCUCGUCCCUGGCACCCAUUUACAGCAGGAGUUACCUGGUGUUCUGGAGCGUCUUAAACCUGGUUGUUUUCUUCAUUAUGGUGGUGGUUUACAUAAGAAUCUAUAUGUAUGUCCAGAGGAAAACUAAUGUCUUGUCGUCCCACACUAGUGGAUCCAUUAGCCGUAGGAGAACCCCUGUGAAGCUAAUGAAGACUGUCAUGACCCUUCUAGGUGCCUUUGUUGUCUGCUGGACCCCUGGCCUGGUCGUCUUACUGCUCGAUGGUCUCAACUGCACUGACUGUGGGGUUCAGAAUGUUAAAAGGUGGUUUCUUCUCCUGGCCCUGUUGAACUCUGUCAUGAAUCCAGUAAUUUAUUCAUACAAAGAUGAUGAGAUGUGGGGUACCAUGAAAAGGAUGAUUUGCUGUUCCUCUGAGGAUAGGAGCCAGGACAGGCGCUCCUCACGGAUACCCUCGACAGUUCUCUGCAAGAGCACAGAUACCUCGGGGCACUACAUUGAAGAUGGCAUUAUUCAAGGGACAAUUUGUGGAAAAGGAGAUCUUGGUGACAAAGGAAACUCCUGAGCUAUUCAAGGGACUGACUUGGCUGGAAAAGAGAGGGGGAAGGGAAAGGUUUUGUAAGAGAAGAUUGACUGGCAAAGCUAGUAAACAAUAUAUCCACUUUGUUCCAGAGCCUAACCUCCAGUGUUAACAAAAGUUCUUAUAAAUAAUUGCCUGAUGGAAAAACACUUUGUAAUGAAGAAAACUUUCUGUGCUGCCAUAUUUCUCCUUUUUUUUUUUGAGUACAUGAAGUUGUUUUUUCAUAUGAAUGGAAUAAAUGCAUCUCAGAGACUUCUUGUGCAUGGAAACAAAAUGCAAGCAGCAUAGUGAAACCUUCUUUAAGCUCCUACAGACAGAAUAAACCUGCCUUAUUGUGCAGGUUUGGUAUCCUUUAUUUAAGCUUUGAACACUUUCUAUGUAUCUUAAGGAGGAUCACAGGCUUGGUUGGAAAGAAUUGUGACCUGUUUUCUUGGCUUAUGAAGUUCAUGAAAUAGUUCAUGCUUACCUUCUCUCUUCUUCCUUAUCUUGCUUUCAAAAUAGGUAACUGGAUGGUUUAUUGAGGCUAUGCCAGAAACCUGCCUGUAACCAGACCAGACACCAGUGUGAGUGUGUCAGGCCAUGGGUUAUCAGAAUCUGAGAAUAUAAAAAGCAUGACAGCCAUUACUUCUUCCAUAGUGGGGGAAAUGCUGCAAGGUGAUAGCUUGUACUCUCAGCUGUUACUGUGUAUGCAGAUGAUGAGGGUGGAUUAACAGAAGAGCAGUGUGGCUGUGCUCAUUAUGCUCAUUUCUUACCCAGAUAACACAAAAUGAAUGUCUUUAUUCCUCUUUAAUUGCUAUGCCACUGAAAGAAAUGAAAUCCUAAACUCUGUUGUAAGAGAAGGAACUUUUAAAUGAAGUUUAAAUGUACAUAUAUGUAGGUUCAAUCAAGCUAUUUAAAAUAGAAACUCAUUUACAGGAAAAAAGCCUGAAACCAACCUAUACUCCUAAGAGUACAGUAUGUUUUGAUUGUCUGAACUUGUCUGGAACACUUUAACCUCUGAUUUGGAAGCACAUCUUACUGGAAGGUACUUGAGGAAGAGGCCAUGAAACAGCAAGCAAUGAAGGGCUUUCAGCAUUGUGACUAAUCAAGUCUAAUGUCGAUUCAGCUACAGCCUAAAAAGCUGAAGUUUUGACUUAUGGGAUAUAAUCUAAUGGAGGAUCCAGCAAUUUAAAGCUCUUAGGGUAAAACUUCUAAAGUUAAGCUUUUAAAUUAAAAAAUGGAAUGUAGAUUUCUGAGUACUCUAAAAAUUGGGCUCCUGCUGUCUGCUUUCAAAAGCAAUGAACUCCCUGAUACCUGUCUUCAUUUCAAGAGCACUUGCCUGUUUUGUGUCCUAGAGAAAGUCUGAUCCCUGGUAUUAAAGCAGAUGACCAUGACCAGAGGUCCAUUUGGAAAGUUUUAAAGAUUUUGCCAACUUGAAAUUGUUGGAGAACAUCCCCAAGAGCAUAUUGUGUGAGGCUGAAGAUCAAAGUUCAUCUGUGGUUUCGGCAAAUUCUUUCUUUGGUGCAACUUGUAUGUGUAUAUCUGGAUUGUGUUGAUCAAACCACAAUCAGCACUUGUCUCAAAGACCAAGCUGUAGUUUUGAGGAAGGGACUAGGGGGGUUCAUAGCAGGCCUUAGCUCAUGAAUACAGGAAACCUCUGCUCAGAAAGCUCUCCCGUUACACCAGUUACCUUGUAGGGGUAGGCCCUAAUAUUUUAAGGUUGAUGCUGUAUUUCUGUAGUGCUGAAAAGGUUUACACGUGGUUUUUGCCAUUAUAAUGCAAUGUUCAUGUGCAAAUACUACUUCAUUAGUUUAGUGUCUUGGAAGAUAUGUAAAGUGGUGCUUUCUAGAGCUGAUGGCAUUGCAAAGUCAUAGCAUGCAAGUAUUCCUAUCCCUACAGCUAACUGCAGUGUAGUUUGUGUU